AUGGCCUGCCAUCGGUGCAACCGGAAGAAGAUCCGUUGUAGCAAAACCGUGCCGUGCAACCAUUGUGUUCGACUCGGCCUGGACUGCGUCUUUCCUGGUCCCGGUCGCGCCCCGCGGAGAAAGAAACGACCCUUGAAGGCGGAGCUGGUGGCUCGCCUGAAAUCCCUCGAACAGGAGCUCACCGAGCUUACAGGCGGGUCGGAUCGUGCCGAAGCACGCCGCGCUGGCCCUGGUGCAGCAGACGAUGGCACGUUGAUCGUGGAUGGAGACUCGACUCAGUAUCUCAAUCACGAGGCUUUGAUUGGCCUCGGGGGCCAGAUCAAAGAGCUCCAGGACAUUGUGGCCUCGUCUGGAGAAACCACAGAAGCGCCCGACAAGGGGUGCGCAGAACCAGAGCAAGGCAAUGAUACCAACUACUUUGUCUUUGGCUACUCGUCGCUCGCAUAUUCUCUCCGUGAAUACCAUCCCAACACCACUCACAGCCUUUGGCUGUGGCAGACUUACGAGCAGAAUGUAGCACCCGUCGUCGCAAUCUUUCACAAGCUAUCUCUCCAUAGAAUGAUCACCAAAGCUUCCACCAACUCCGAGUAUCUCGACCGAUCCUCCGAGGCUGUGGUCUUUGCAGUCUAUUUCGCUGCAGCAACCAGUUUGAGACCGGACGAUUGUCUUCGUUACCUGGGGGAAGAACACUCGGUGGUUCUACAGCGCUAUCGCUUUGCUACCCAGCAAGCCCUGUCUCGAGCGGGUUUUCUCCAAUCACGGUGUCUACCCGUCCUCCAGGCAACCGUGCUCUUUCUCACUUGUCUCCGAGGUGCAGGAGAUGCCGACUUUGUCUGGACCAUGGUAGCGGCUGUGCAUCGGCUGGCCCAAGGCCUUGGAAUCCAUCGCGACGGGACGCACUUCGGGUUGACACCAUUUGAAACUGAAAUGCGUCGGCGGCUAUGGUGGUCCAUCUAUCUAUUAGAUACCCAAUCAUCUGAGUCCUAUCCCACGGGAAAUCUCAUUACUGAGGGAAGCUAUGACACGAGGUUGCCCUUGAACAUCAAUGACUCUGACAUUGCACCCGAGUCUAUAGCACUACCCGAGGAGCAUGUCGGCUUUUCUGAAAUGACAUUCUGCUUGAUCCGAUGUGAAAUGACCGUUUUCGUUCGCCGGACUACCAACACUGGGUCUAGCGUGCAUGAAGAUCUGGACUUGGAGAGCCGUUUGUACGAACUAGAAAAGAUCCACGCAAGGUUGCAGGAGCGAUACCUCCGGUUCUGCGACGUAUCCAUCCCAAUUCAAUGGACCACAGCGACUGUUAUCCGGCUGGCCUUGGCACGAUUGUGGCUGGUCACCCAUCUCCCACAGUGGCAGCUAAAUGACCUCGCAUCGGUAUCUCCAAACCAGGAACAGUUGUUUUUGACUGCCGUCGAGGUGGUAGAGUUUGCCUAUCUGUUGGAGACCGAUCCGAGGACCUCGAAAUGGUCUUGGCUCUUUGAGUCCUACAUGCAAUGGCAUGCCGUGACAUUCAUUCUGGCUGAGAUGUGUGCCCAGGCCCCAUCACCCGAGACGGAUCGAGCCCGGGACUAUCAAAGGGGAGGGGUGAUGAUGAAGCCCAUCUCACGUCUCAUGGAGCAAGCAGCUGCGGUGCAUGGACGUACUGCGACUAACGUAGACAGCACCUUGCGAUUGAUUGCCGAUCCGGAGGCAUCUAAGUUUACAGCGCCUCUGAUAGAUGGCCACGAGACUGAGAAUGCAACUCUGAGUCGAAGUGGUGAGGAUAUGGCGCCAAUGGAGUUUUUAAAUGAGGUCAUGCUUGGAGAGAACACUUAGCCGUUAUUGCACCGUUGUUAAUUACUGCCAUUCAAGCCGUGUUUCCGGUAAUCUCUACCAUUCUAUUACACUUAGGAUGUCUGAUGAUGACGGCACUGACUGAGCACUGUUACAUUAUUACCGCCACCUUGACAUUACUUGAAAUCUUCAGAUUGAUUUAAUAUUCUAUACACGGUGAUGGCUUCACAUAGUCCGGCGGCCACAUUACAUGCUCAGCGCAAAGUAGGAGGUGGGUAGCUUGUCAACCGGCCACUUGGACAUAUAUCCCUCCCAAUCCACAGGCUUGAUUUCGGGAUACCGGGCGUUGUCCAACUGCGGGCCGACAAAUGUCUGGCCGUUGAUCCAGUAGUAGUAGAAGAAGCUAAGUGGUCAGUACGAUACAAACAAAUGAUCAAGCAGCAUGCUUACAGGGCCAUAUAUCCGUAGAUGUUCUGCGGGUUUUCAG